AUGACUACACCAAUCUCUCAAAGCCUACAAGGUUUUGACAUCAGUCAGUUGCCCAUGUUACUUGAGCACAUUCAGCAGCAACUUGCCUCAGUUCAGGAGAAAGUACAUGAACAUGACCACCUCUUGGAGCGUAUGAACAAGUUAGAAGAGGAAAACCAAGCCCUAAAAAAAAAUCUUUUGGCCAAGGACCUGGUAAUUCAAGAAUUACAGGGCCAACUAUCACGUGGAACUACUCAAGCCCCUACACCUGAGGUAGAUCAGGAACGUCCGUUCAUCUCUCAGGUCGUACAGUCCCAAGAUCCUGCUACUACUGCUAGUACCACUAUUGCUACCGAUACUGCCACUAAAGGUAGUUAUCUCUCUGCUGCUCGCUCUGGAGCUAAACGCCCCGAUCCUGUUCGUACAGCCAAACGCCGUCUUGCUGCUGGCCGUCUCUUCCAAUCUGCUGCUGUUAAGGGCCAACAGGGAUACCAAUAUGUCUACCUUGGUAGAUCUGGUAAGAUCCAGCGCUCUGAGGUUCGUGCUACCCUCCGUAAGGUUGGUGUUGAUACUGGUCGUGUUCUCGACAUUUGUUUCCCUGCUUCUGGUGUUAUUGGAGUUCUGGUCCAUAUCCAAUAUGUCGACACUUUUCUUGCUUACAUGCACAAGUGCGAAGCUGAGCUCAUCGAGAAUUUUGAGCCUCUGGAUCCCAAACACAUUGCUGAUCCCCAAUAUGCAAACCUUGCUAUUGCGGAUCGAGAACAACUGAUCUACGAGUUUACAAACACUCGUGCUCUGCAAACUCUUUCCUUCCUUCGUCCUCUCAAUGUCAGUGGUGUUGGAAAAUACUUUGUCUCUGCUGGAUGGAUUUCCCAAGAGGAACUUGAUACAGCUGUUUCCGAAGCCAUGGGCCGCCUUGCUGAAAAAGAACCCAAGAAGGCUCAAUUCUUGCUCAAGCGUAGAAAAGCUUCUGACAGCAAUGACUCUGCUAUGGAACUCUAA